GCCGUCCCGUUUGCUCUCUGUCGACAGCAUGGAGAAGGCUGCAUCCUCUGUCCUGCAUCGGAGCCCGGCGGAGCUGCUCCUCUGUCCGUCGGCGCGGGUGAUUUCAAAACAGAACGGCGGCCACGAUAGUUAUUUCCAUCCCACCACGGCCAUGGGGGUCUAUGACGGGGUCAGCGGGGUGGCGGGAGUUCCGGGCUGUGAUCCAAAGGCGUUCUCGUCGGUGAGAUGCAGUGGCAGAUGCAUUUGGAUGGAUGGAAUGGAUGGAUGGAUGGAUGCAUCCAGUGGGGAUGCAUCUGCAGUGAUCACUGCAUCAAUUGUCCAUGGAUAUCGUUUCGAUGCGUCGACCUGUGUGGUUUUCCGUUGCAGAGGCUGGCGAUGGAGUGCAACAAGGCCGAGAAGCACAUCACGGAGGCCGGCUACCAGAGCAAAACCCACACGCGAGCAGCCACGGUGCUCUCCGAGGGCAUUUCGGGGCUCAGAAGCUCCGGGUAAGUAAGACCUUCCUCCAUCCAUCCAUCCAUCCAUCCCAUCGCUGUUGGCUCUGUGUGUUUGUUUCUGCGUCAGGUUGAGGGGGUCUACGACUGCUGUUUUGUGUACCGUCCACGGCACCAACCUGGAUGUCGCGUGCAUCGGCGACUCAAGGGUGAGCGUGUACCGUCGCGAGGGCGAGAGAGGCAAGUUCGUCGAGAUCUACCGCUCCCGCACGACCCACUUCAGACCGCACGACACGUUCAACUGCCCGGCGUAAGUGUUCCUUUGCCUGCACAGGCUGUCCUCCCACGCCACACACAAACAUGCCCAUCCAUUCAUUGUGGCUGAUUCCUGUCUGCGUGUUGGCUGACAGGCAAGUGAGUCGCGUGCCGUGGGAGGUGCCGGGCCGCUACCACACCCACUGGUCCCGCGACGCCCCCUUCGCCCCGGCCACACCCGAGAGUCUGAGAGAGCUCAUGAGUGAGGAGACCGUGCGCAUCCGUGUGGGCGACAUAGUGGUGAUGGGCUCGGACGGGCUGUGGGACAACCUGUUCCAGCACCAAGUGGCCCGCAUCAUCAACAGCACGCAUACGGCCGCCACACGCGGCACUAGAAGCAACAGCAGCAGCCCCAUCGCCGUGAGUGAGGCCGUAUCUGAUGCUCUGGUCAAGGCCGCGUACCAGUGCAGUAUCAUGAGGGACAUCCUGUCGCCCUUCACACUGGAAGCGCGAGCUCAUGCGAGGCGGGAAGUGGCGAAGAUGGGACUGAGUGCGCCGCUGGGUCUGAGGCAGGACGCCAGCAUGUUGGGCGGGAAGGUCAGAGCAACACUCACCUCACUCCCUGCACACAUGGAUGGAUGGAUGGCUGCGUACGUGUGUGUGUUCAGCCCGACGAUAUCACGUGUGUAGCAGCGGUGUGCGUUGGGGAGCGGCCGGCGAUUGACAUGGCCGUGCGGUGCAAGGAGGGCGAGAUCGCCCCGCCAGCCCAGCUGGGCCCCCGUGAGAUAGCCAAGAUGCUCCCAGACGUAAGCACACGAUUACACGCACCACAACGGACUCACACCACUAUCUGCGUCUCUGUCUGUGUGGUUUCUAUUCUUGGCUUCCUUGUCUCUACUGCACUGCAGCUGGUGUACCUGUCCAACAUGUCGGUCAUAACACACCACACACAUCCACCCCACCAGCACACACGUCAAUCGAUUCAUGACGUGUCUCAUUUAUUUUGUGUGUGCUGAUUGACAUCCAUCCAUCCAUCAGUGACCAGUACCCCCAUCUCGCUCGUGUGGAGGGGCGCUCGACAAGCUCUCGCACCAGACAGCUCACUGGCGUACCCAAGAAGUUCGGUGGCGUGAGCGAGAGACCCAACGUCGGCAGGCUCGUGGGUGCCUCUGUGUCGGCCGCCAUGAAAGAGCUGGCUGCCGAGAGGUACGCUGACACGUCCAUCACAUCACAGCGUAUGGACAGCCAUGGACAGCCAUGUGCACCUUCCCCUGUCCUCUUAUGUCCAUUGAUUGAUCAGUCGCCCCGCCCCCCUCCCCACCCGUCCGGCCCCUCCCACCCUGCACACGGCCCCACCCACACCUCGCCAGCAGCAGCAGCAGCAGCAGCUACAGCACCAGGGGCAGCACCAGGAGCCUCAGAGCGGCCAGGAGGAUGGUGCUGGGGGGUGGCAGGGGGUGGGCGCCGCUGUGGUGGGCGAACUAUCGGGCAUAGUCGCCAGUGCCGUGUCUCGGUUCUGGCGGAUGCUGAGGUCAGCACAAAGAGACACAUUUCUUGUACGUACCUGCACAAAUGCUCUCUCUCUCUACUCCUCCGUGCACAUACGUAUGUGUGCAGAACGGAUUCGCCCCCGCCAACAAGCAGCCCGGCUGGAGAGGGGAGGAAGCGCAAGCACGACCCCACAGCUCACAACACCACCGACCAGCGCGCUAAGAAGGCCCGCGUGUGAGUGCGGGUGACUGAGUCAAGGGGGGCUGCUAGAUGAAGGGUAGCUGCUGGGGGAGCUGUAGAUUUCUCGGUGGACAGUGAGUGGGUGUGUGAGUGAGUCGGAC